AUGGAUGGUCGGAUGAAACACUGCGCCGGCAUCGUCGAGACGACCCUCUGCCUGGUACGCCGUUGGAUAACUGCUGCCGGGACGGGUCUCUUCAUCGCCUUCGCUGAGACGCGCCCACUCUCGCCGACGGAGACCGCGGACUCACGGCACAUGCGGUCGUUCUCCACUACGAACAUAAAAGUCGUGGCCCCAUAUUUGGAUUCGGUAGCGCCAACCAGGCACAUGGGCAGCCCGAUUCAGGGACGGCACUGCCUGCGACCACGAGGAAAAGGGCCUAGAAAAGGUGGUCUAAAAAAUGCUGGGCACCACGCCGUCUGCAGGCCAGCCAAGGCCGCAGAUGCCAUCAACACGGUCGAAACAAUCAAAAUCGAAACAACAACAACAACAACAACAACAACAACAACAACAACAACAACAACAACAACAAAAACCAUACUCAUUCUCCUCAUCCUAUCUCUUCUUCCUCUAACUCCGUCUAUUCUUCUGCCUAUUCUUCUCCUUCGUCAUCUUCUUCUCCACCUCCUUCCCGUCGCCCCACUCGUUGUCACCAGACUGGCAGGGUGAGCCCGCUCACUCUGGCAGCCUGGAAUGUUCGUUCCCUUUUAGACAAUCCGAGGAGCAACCGACGGGAACGGAGGACGGCGCUAGUGGCACGAGAACCGGCGCGCUACAAGGUGGACAUCGCCGCACUCAGCGAGACCCGAUUCUCCGAACAAGGCCAACUGGAGGAGGUGGGUGCCGGUUACACCUUCUUCUGGAUUGGUCGACCCAGGGCAGAGCGACGAGACGCGGGUGUCGCCUUCGCCAUCCGGACCGACAUCGUGGGACGACUGCCCUGUUUGCCGCAGGGCAUCAACGAUCGCCUGCUGAGCCUCCGCCUGCCUCUCUGGGGAGGCAAAUUCGCCACCAUCAUCAGCGCCUACGCUUCGACGAUGACCAACCCCGACGCCGUCAGAGACAAAUUCUACGAGGACCUGCACGCCCUCUUGGCGACUGUGUCGAAGGCGGACAAGUUGAUUGUCCUUGGUGACUUCAACGCCCGCGUCGGCACAGACCAUACUGCCUGGAGGGGAGUGCUGGGUCCCCACGGUCUCCGCGGCUCAAACGACAAUGGUCUGCUUCUCCUCCGCACCUGCGCAGAACACCGCCUCACCCUGACGAAUACCUUCUUCUGUCUGCCGGAGCGAGAGAAGGCCACCUGA